AUGGUAGGCUUUGCAGCUCGGAUCAGAAUGCACUUUGGUCAGAGUGGUUUCUUGACAUACAUCAUCACCAUAACCAUAGGUCCUGCAUUCUUUAGUGCUGCAAUCUACCUCUGCCUCGCUCGAAUCAUCACAGUCUAUGGACGGAGUUAUUCUCGCUUCAGCCCCCGCACAUAUACCAUCACCUUCAUGCUCUUCGACUUUAUUGCGCUUGUCCUUCAAGCCACUGGUGGUUCUAUGCUCGGCAGCGAUGAGCGAGAUACAUUCAACAUUGGUCUCGCGAUCAUCAAGACUGGACUAGCGGCGCAUUUAGCAGCUAUCUCAAUAUUUGUGAUUUUGGCAAGUGAGCUUGCAUAUCGCAUCUUUCGCCGUCAAGAGGACUGGGACCCCAAGUUUCAUCAGCUGCAACGAUCCUGGAAGUUUAACCUGUUUCUGUCUUGUCUCACAAUCGCUACCGUCACUAUUCUGAUCCGAACGUCGUACCGGGUUGCUGAGCUGAGUGCUGGCUACCAUAGCGCUCUAGCGGAGAACGAGACCGCCUUUAUGCUUCUUGAAGGCAUGAUGAUCGUCAUUGCCACGAGCGCGCUCGCGAUUGGUCAUCCCGGUCCCUCGUUCCAGGGCCGCUACCAAGACGCUGAUUUCCAGCUGAAGAAAGAAGAUCAUGCUGAGGAAGCUUCCAAGUCUGAUUGCAACUCCCAGGAGCUUGCGUAA